AUGUUAAAGAACUGCACUUUAUUAACACGUAGAUUUAUUUGCUUGAAGCCGAUCUUAUUAAACAAGCUCCAUUUUAAGCAUUCGGCCACUUUUAUAAAUUUACUUAAAAAUCUGCCUCAAACACAAUGUUCACAGCUUGAAAAUGGACUGACUGUAGCUACAGAAGAAAGGCAAAGCUGCAACACUUGUAUAGGAUUAUAUAUAGAUGCAGGAUCACGUUAUGAAUCUAAGAGCCAAAAUGGUAUAACGCAUUUUAUGGAACACGUUGCAUUUAAAAGUACAAAAAGUAGAAACACAGCAGUCCUCGAAAACUUAAUAUUGACUACUGGUGCAAAAUUCCAAUGUUUCACUACACGUGAAAUGACUGCAUAUUUCGUAGAAUGUUUGUCGUCAGAUGUCCCUCUUGUAUUUGAUAUUUUAUUAGAUUGUAUUUUUAACAAUGCUUUAAAUUAUUCAGUUAUUGAAUCGGAAAAACAAAUAGUGUGUUCAGAAAUGUUUGAACAUGAAAGAAAUAUUAAAAAUAUUUUAUUCGAUUAUUUGCACUUAUCUGCUUUUCAAGGAACGCCCUUAGAACAGACAGUAAUGGGACCGAGUAACAAUAUUUUUAAAUUUAAUGCGAAAUUACUUUGUAAACUUAUAUACGAAAGGUUUACACCUGAAAAAAUGGUCUUGACAGCAAUUGGCGGAAUAAAUCACCAUCAAAUACAAGACUUAGCAAACAAAUAUUUAAGCAAAUUGGUAAAUGUAAAAGUUGAUGAAUCAAAUAAAUUUCGAUACACUGGUUCGGAUAUUCGAUAUAGAGACGAUUCACAACCUAUGGCGCACGUUGCAAUAGCGUUUGAAGGACCAUCUUUCAGUCAUGACGAUUAUACUAUAAUGGAAUUAGCUAGUGCAGUGGUCGGUGGUUGGGAUAAAUCACAACUUGGGGGACUAGGUCAUGGAACACGUGUUGCACGAGCGGCAUCUUAUGAAGGUCUAUGCGAUGCUUACAAAUCAUUCUACAUAUCUUAUAAGGACACCGCCUUAUGGGGUGCAUAUUUUAUAGCACCAAGAUUAACUCUAGAUGAUAUGGUAUUUGUAGUACAAGAUGAAUGGAUGAGACUGUGUACCAUGAUAACAGAUGAAGAAAUUGAGAGGGCCAAGAAUCAGUUAAAGACCAAUUUACUUUCAAAAUCUGCAAGCGUUGUCGAAACUAGUCAUAAAAUAGGUCGGUCCAUUUUGUAUCGCACUUGUAUUUUACCACUCUAUGAGGCAAUUAUGGAUAUUGAUAAUAUUUCUUCUAACGAUAUAAAGGCUGUUUGCUACAAGUAUCUUUAUGACAAAUGUCCAGUCGUUGCAGCUGUAGGACCCACUGAAGCACUAACAGACUAUAGUAGAAUCAGAAGCAAUACAUAUUGGUUGAGAUUGUAA